UAUUAUAAGCAUGUUAAUACAAAAAUUGAAAGAAGUUUUCAUUCUAUUCCAAAUUUUGUUUUGGUCAACUCUAAAGUCCAAAAAGACUUGCAAUAUAUUUAAUACAAAAAUGGAAUGAACUCAUUCUAUUCCAAAAUUUGUUUUGGUCAACUCUAAAAGUCCAAAAAGCCUUGCAAUAUUUAAUACAAAAAUUGAAUGUAUUCCAAAAUUUGUUUUGGUCAACUCUAAAGACCAACAAGACUUGCAAUAUUUAGUCCCUUAGCCCCCCUAGUUUUCCUCCAAGAACGUCUCACCACCACAAAGGCAAAACACAUUUUGUUGAGGAAUUUCCUUCACUAUCUCUUAAAAACAAAUUUCUCCUCAAUUUGGUUACAUAGUAGAUUAGGCAUUUCCUCCCCCUUUCCCUGGUUUCAUCAACAAAUUUCUGCUAAUUUGCCAUUCUAGACUCCUCCAAACCAUCACCAUAAUAGCCAUUGCCUCGACCAAACCAUCACCAUAAUAGCCAUUGCCUCGACGACAAAGUAGAAUGGAUGCUGACGAGCUAAGAAAAGUUUUCCAAAUGUUCGACGAGAACAGCGAUGGUCGGAUCACCACGAAGGAGUUGACUGAUUCAUUGCGUAGAAUGGGAAUCGUCAUACCGGCGGAGGAGUUGACCCAAAUGAUCGAGAAAAUUGAUAAGGAUGGGGACGGGUGCGUGGACGUUGAUGAGUUUGGGGCGCUGUACCAAUCCAUCAUGGGUGAGCGGGAUGAUGAUGAUGAGGACAUGAAGAAGGCAUUCGAUGUGUUUGACCAGAAUGGCGAUGGGUUCAUCACCGUUGAUGAGCUAAAGUCGGUGCUGGCAUCACUAGGGCUCAAGCAUGGUCAGGCUGUCGAGGACUGCAUGAACAUGAUCACGAAGGUGGACGUGGAUGGCGAUGGAAUGGUGAAUUUCACAGAGUUCAAGCAGAUGAUGAGAGGGGGUGGAUUUGCCGGAUUGACCUGA